UGAUUUGCUCAAAUCAUGAGAUUGAGCCUUCACGCCAUAUUCCCUCUAUGUGCAGAGUAUAUAUGAAAUCGAAGUACAAAUUAGGACUACACUUAGAACCGCCCCUCCCCUGCGCCUCCAGCCGGACCAGCGCUCCCCAGGCAAUCACCACAGCGCCUCCACAAUCCACUGCUCCACGGCCUGCGAAUCGAGUGGCCUCCCCUCCCCUGCGACAGCGCCGAGCCCGCCGACCACCUGCCCUGCUUCAGGGCUUAGACCCAAUUCAGCAGGCUUGCUUUGGAAUUCUGAGCAGCUAUGGACGCGACUCCUUUAAGUUUCGAAAAUCCGAUCCGAGAUGCCAUUUCAAGGGUCCGAUUUGCUCCGCAUUCCAACAAUCUUCUCUUUUCUUCAUGGGACAAUAGUCUUCGGUUGUACGAUGUUGAAAGCUCAAAGCUAAUGUUGGAAUUUCCAGGGGAAGCUGCACUUCUCGAUUGUUGUCUUGAAAAUGAGUUCGUGGCUUUUAGUGCUGCUUCUGAUGGUUCUAUUCACAGGUAUGAUAUGCAUUCUGGACAUAAAUCAGCAAUAGGGAAUCAUGAUGAUAUGGCAACUUUUGUUGAGUAUUCUCCUGAAACAUGUCAAUUGGUUACUACUGGUUGGGAUAAGAAUAUAAUCUUUUGGGAUGCACAAUCAGCUAAGUCUGUUGGACGCUUGAACAAUCUAACAUCAGAGCCGGAGUCUAUGUCACUCUCUGGCUUCAAUUUGAUGGUUGCUAUUGAUUCCUCAGUAAUCAUUUAUGACUUUCGUUCCCUUAGAAAAUCGGUUCAUACGAAAGAUGUCCGAAUAAAAUGUGUCCGCCCUAUUCUUCGUUAUGAAGGGUUUGUGGUUGGAUCAGUCGAUGGACGGGUUGCUUUGGAGUAUAUAUGUGAAUCCAAUUUGGAUAAGGGAUAUGCUUUCCGAUGCCAUCCAAAGGGAAAAGACGGAAGACAUCGUGUGGAGUCAGUGAAUGACAUUGCGUUUAGUCCAUUAAAUACUGGUUCAUUUGUAACUGGUGAUAAUGAGGGUUACGUAAUUAUGUGGGAUGCAUGCUACAAGAAGCGAUUGUUUGAGUUUUCAAGGUAUCCAAAUAGUAUUGCUUCUUUGUCAUACAACCAUGAUGGAUUCCUUUUAGCUGUUGCAUCAAGUUACACUUACCAAGAAGCUGGUGAAAGGGAAGAGCUGCCACAGAUAUUUAUACACAAAGUCCAGAACAUUCAAAGCGAGUCACCUUCUGUUGGCGCGUCAUGAAUGAGAUGACUCUGACAUCAGGUCCUAGGUUUGCAAGAUCCUUGCACAGUUGCAUUGUUCCACACUGCUUUUCUUCAUUUAUUCUGCAGUGCACCAGAUCCUCUAGUCAAAAGAGGAAUAUUAGAUCACUGCUGUAAACCUGUAUGCUGUGAUUCCCAUUUUCAAUUGAAGUGCAAUCGUGUUUCCACUUGUCCUUUGGAGGCACAUGGUUUAAGGUUGUGAUUCGAACAGUGUAAAUUUAUCAUAUGUAUUAACCCUAUAUGAACAUACAGUAUUUAUUAACAAAUCCUUGUUUAUCUUUUUAUUUAAAUGUAUCGGAUGUGUACAAACCAUGUAUCAACCUUAUGAAGUAUGAAUGUAUGAAAGUGUAUGUAAAUUGUAGAGAGAA